AUGUGCACAUUGGACAAUGUCCUCUUAGCAUCAGAACUUGUCCAAGGCUACAACAAUAAUGGAACAUCUAAGCGUGGAAUGCUGAAGAUAGACCUAAGAAAAGCUUUCGACUCGAUCGAGUGGAGCUUUAUUCUGGACAUCCUCGUUACAACUCGCUUUCCUGCCAGGUAUAUCCAUUGGAUCAGUCAAUGCAUUAAAACAACACGGUUCUCUAUUGCGGUCAAUGGGGAAUUAUGUGGAUACUUCAAAGGCAAGAAGGGUCUUAGGCAGGGGGAUCCCCUUUCGUCUUACCUCUUUGUCAUUGGUAUGGAUGUCUUCUCUAGACUACUUGACUUGCGUUUCCAAACCGGUCAGAUAGGAUAUCAUCCAAGAGCAGCAAAUCCAGACGUUACACACCUGAUCUUUGUUGAUGACAUUAUGCUCUUCUUCGAUGGUGAAACCGCUUCUGUACAGGCAAUUGUAACCCUUUUGGAGUAUUUCACUAGCAUUUCUGGCCUGGUAAUGAACAAAACCAAGACGGAGCUCUAUCUUUCGGGAUCCUCUGAAGCUGAUCAAAGAAUGCUAUGUGCAAAUUUUGGUUUCACUCGUGGAUCUCUUCCGGUUAAAUACUUGGGCCUACCUCUACUCCCAAACCCACUCUCGAGAUCAGAUUGUGAGCCCCUGGUGAGUAAUAUCCGGACAAGGUUGCACUCUUGGCAGAAUAAGCAUCUCUUAUAUGCCGGAAGACUACAACUCCUCGCCUCGGUCAUACAAAAUAUAAUAGCCUAUUGGUGUGCAGCUUUUAUAUUACCAGCAAAAUGUAUAAAGGAUAUUGAAAAGCUUUGCAGAAGAUUCCUUUGGUCAGGUUCCGCUGAUAUCCCAAAGCAAGCUAAGGUCAGUUGGAGAAAAGUCUGCUCUCCUAAAGAAGAAGGAGGUCUUGGCCUUCAAGACUUGAGAGAAUGGAAUAAAAUCUUUGGCCUCAAGCUCAUCUGGGACUUGUUCUUUGCCUCUGGUUCUCUGUGGGUGGCUUGGUGCAGGAAACGUAAGCUGGGAAGGAAAUGUUUCUGGCGCCUUUCCACUUCAAGUGAUGGUAAGUCCUGCUCCUUCUGGUAUGAUAAAUGGACCCCGUUUGGGGAUCUGAUCACCUUCCUUGGAGCUGAUGAACAUAAAAGAAUUGGUCUCCCAUUGGACUCCACUGUGGCACAAGCUCACUCUAGGAUUGGAUGGAUAAUAAGAGGUGCUCGUACUCACAACAUGGAGCUCCUCCUCACCCAUCUCAGUGAAACAACUCUCUUCGAGAAUGUCAAGGACAUCUACUUGUGGGCUAAACCAAAUGUGGAUCCCCAGGACCGUUUUGGCUUCUCUGAUACUUGGAACAUGUGUAGACUGUCGGCUCCACAAGUGCAUUGGCAUAAACAGGUCUGGUUCACAUGCUCUAUCCCCAAACAAUCAUUCAUCAUGUGGUUUUGCUGUCUAGAUCGUAUGCCUACUCUAUCUAGACUGAGAAACUGGGGAAUAGUAGAAGAUGAUACAUGUCAUCUUUGUGAAAUUUACUUUGAGACCAAGGACCACCUUUUCCUGAGAUGUCCAUACAGUUUCGACUUGUGGAGAUGGUGCCUUGGUAGACUACAGAUGCCUUUCAUAGGAUUCAACACUUGGGAGCGCUUCCUUCUUUGGCUCAAAACUCCUUCUACUGAAGAGAAGAUGAACCCCUUAAAGCUUAUUGCAGCUCAAGCGGUGAUCUACUCAAUCUGGCAUGAGAGAAACGCUCGCAAAUUUACUGGCAUCCGCACCCCAGUUGAAGGACUUUUCGCUCAACUUGAUCGUCGCAUCCGAAACACCUGUUCUGCAAGACAUUGUAAUCCAAAGUUUCAAGACAUGGUUCUGCUGUGGUUUCGGACCUCCACCCUCGCCUCACCACCUACCUAA